AGAUGAGCGGAGGAGCGCAAACAAGCGCAGCGGCGGAAUCCGGCACACACCGAACGUGGCCGCGAUCGUGACCACAGCGACGACGAAGCCUUCCCUCCGAGCGGAACAUUCCCGUUUCUCAGAGACGUGAGCCUCGACGCGGCGGUCAGGUGCAGCCUUCAUGAUAUAGCUCCACGCUCAGAGCUCGAGCUACCGAUAUAAAUCAUGAUUUCCCCGUGGGACCGUUGGUAUUCGACCAGCUGCUGCCUCUGCUGCCAUGUACGGACGGGCACUAUUAUUUUGGGAAUAUGGUAUAUGCUCAUCAACGCGGUGGUCUUGCUCAUCCUGCUGUCUGCGCUGAACGACCCGGUCCAGUACCGCUACCACCUCACCAGCUCGGAGCUGGGCACCGACAUCGACGUCAUGGACGAUGCCAACAUCUGCAUAGCAACCGCCAUCUCCCUGCUCAUGAUUCUAAUAUGUGGCAUGGCCACAUAUGGGGCUUACAAGCAACAUGCGGCGUGGAUCAUACCAUUCUUCUGCUACCAAAUCUUUGACUUUGCCCUCAACACCUUGGUGGCCGUCAGUGUGGUCGUUUAUCCCAACACGGUGCAGGACUACCUCCAGCAGCUGCCGGGGACGUUCCCGUACAAAGAGGACAUCAUGUCCACCAACAACGCGUGCCUGGUCUUCGCUGUGCUGCUCUUUGUGGGCUGUAUCCUCUCCUUUAAGGCCUAUCUGAUUGGCUGCGUCUGGAACUGCUACAGAUACGUGAGUGGGCGGGGCACCACAGAGGUCCUGGUGUACGUCACCACCAACGACACCGCGGUCCUGCUACCCCCCUACGAGGAGGCCGUGGCCCUCCCCCCCAAGGAGCCCCCCCCCCAGUACAUGGAGCCCUGAGCCACCUUCCCCCCCCCCCUCCCUCCCUCCCUGCCCCCCUCCUCGCUGGGCCGUCCCGUUCCCCAAUCCCGUGAAAGUCCCGCACUGACGUCAGCGUUUCCAUCAUGUCCGUCAUCACUCUCCAACCCCACCCCCCACCCCCCCACCCAACCACUUAAACUAAAGCAGGGAGGAUACAUUUACAGGAUGAUGAUGAUGAUGAAGAGCAGUCCUCCCUCCUCUCCCUCCCUCUCUCCUCCCCCCUCGUUGGUGACUUUGCCAUGUCCUCCUAACCCAUUACUUCCUGGCAGCUGUUGUUGCCCCUGGCAGCGAGGCGGUGUACACGUCCUCUAAAACAACCCCCCUGUACCCCCCCCCCCCCCCCCCACGUUCCCCCCCCCCCCCCCAUCCCGCCUCUUCCUCUCCCCCUCCAAUUAAUUAAAUUAGCACUUUUUCCUCUGGAUUGAAAGGCGCCCUAGCCUAGCCUCCUGCUGUCAUCCUCUGAUGCUGUGAAUUUUCCCCGUUGAGGUCUUGUCCGUUAGGUGAAACUAUGAGGGGGGGGGGGGGGGGGGGGGGACGUCCAAAAUAUCGUGCUUUUUAAAAGAGCACUUUCUCGUUCUUUGGUUUUUCCGUUUUUUUUUUAAUCUACGGUUGAUUCCCUCUCUGAAUGUCGUGUCCGGACUAUUUUUGUAAUGAAUUUUUUGUAUGACAGAAAUACGACGACAGGGUUGAUUACGAAGUUUCCCUCUUAUAACACUCAACACUCUCUCAACACUUUGGAAAGCGUGAGGUUCGUUCCUCAGAAAGAGAUCUUCACACAGGAGUCCCUCGACCAAUAAACUACGGCGUCUUCCUUUUUUGAAUCCGUUUUAAACACGCGUCUGUAAAACUUGUUCAUUGCCAACGGAAAAGCGGUUUACCUUUUCACUUUACUCACCCGUCAUUCUGUUCCCGCAAACCCCGACAGACGUCUUUACGAUCGGUCAGGUUACCUAGACAUACAUUUUACCAGACUCACAGAUAUUUACACUUCUAUGGAGUUCCCGAUGCAUAUGCAUACACAUUAACGGAGAUACUGGUUUUAAAAAAUAUCUAUUAUUUUUGAAGAGUGACCAGAAUCAACUGUAUUUCAUUACGUUGGACAGUAAUCACUAGGCCAGUACAAACUGGUAUCUUAAAUUGGCUGCACUAGGGGCAUUUUCCUACGAAGACGUGACUUACCGUUGUGUGUGUGCGGACUGUGUGUUUGUGUUAGCUUUUUAACUUUCUGAUCGUGUCGUAGUUGUGGCUCCUGUGUAUCUACCGUUUAUUUUUAUUUUGCACACGCAGAAAUUUUCCCCUGCUGGUGAACUGCUAAAUUUAGCCUAGAUGGAAAUGAGCUAUUACGUCACAUAGAGCACAGUAGCACAAUAUGAAGACACAUGCUAGACCUCCUUCACCUGGGAGCUGUUUUUAGCUGUAUAAAUAGUACUGGAAAUAACCAUGGGAUAAAACACGAUUAAAUAUGCUGUAUCCUCUUCUUUACAUAUUUCUUUUGCUCUCGAAAUAUAAUAUAUUCUAGUAGGCCUAAUUUGUAAAAGUAAAGGAUUUAUGCAAGAGCCAAACAUGCAAAUGAUUCAUGACAAUACAUUUAAAUCGGUGUAUCUUCGUAGUGAAAACGGAACUAGUUAGAUCGAUGUCAUACAGGAUUCGUUUACCCCCACUUGUCUCCUUGUAAGUUAUGAGCUCAAAACAAAACACAACUCGUAUGGAUAAAACUGUAGACAAACUUGCACUUUAAGGAGAAAUCUGAGACCAUUCAACGCAAUGCGACGUGUUAUUGCUGUAGGUUGUUUUUGUUCCUUCGUGGUGUUUACCUGCUUCUAGGGCCCGUUGGGGUCCUCAGAGUGUCGGUUGGUCGGUUGGUUGAAGCUUUCAGCACUAUGAAAGAAACACGCGGCCCCUCGUUACACAUUGUAAUGUGUCGUUUCCGAUGUGAUUGGAGGUGAACUUCAGCCAGGUCUCGAGUUCAACAUGUAUGUUGUCAACGUGUGUGUGGUGGAGGGGAUCGGAUCAAUGCCGCGUUUCUUUAGAAUCUCUUGGGACUGUGCCACCAUUUUGACUGUCCAUUCAUCAUCGACUGUCACUCGUCUUCCUCAAAUCUUUACUAUUAAAACAUUUAACUCAC